AUGUCAAACACCGAGCUUUACGCUUUGAUGAAAGAAGAACUAAGAAAUCAAGCCGUGCUGAUAGAAAACAAUUCUGAAAAAAUUCUGAGAACGAUAGACGAUAAAAUAAAACCAUUACAGGAAGAAAACAAGAUUCUCAAGUCAGAAGUAGAGAUAUUAAACAAGAAAGUAAAUACAUUAGAGAACAUAACCAAACAAAACAACAUUAUAAUACAUGGUCUAAAUGAAAGUGAUACAAGUUAUACGCAGCUAUCCAAAAACGUCACACUUCUGUUUGAAAAGUUGGAUGUGAAAGUUGAAAAUAGUGACAUUAACAAAAUGCACAGGAUAGGCAGAAAAAAGGAAGACAAAAUAAGGCCAGUACUAAUCUCUUUCACCACAUACAAUAAGAAAAUUGAAAUUCUGAAAAACAAGAAAAAAGUACCAGAAAAGAUGUAUAUAACUGAAGACUUCACUAAAGCGACUUUAGAAAAACGUAAAGAACUACAAGGGGAGCUUAAGCAGGAGAGAGAAAAGGGCAAUAAAGUGUACAUUAGGAACGACAAAUUAAUAAUCAAGCCCAAAGAAAAUGAAAAACGGAAGCGAGAAGAUUCAACAUCCCCCUCCCGUCAGUCCACCUCGGCAACAGAACACCAAGAAAAUGACAGAGGAAAGAUAGCACAAGAAGACAUUAAAGACACAUUCUAUGGAGAUCUAGAAAGAACUCUUGGAAAAGCACACAAAACAAUAUUCCUAAUGGGCGAUUUCAAUGGCCAAAUCGGUAAAAGACAAGCCGGGGAGGACGCCAUUAUGGGUCUACAUGACGAAAACCAGCCUAGGGAGCAGGCAGGAUUCAGAAGUGAUUUUUCAACCAUGGACCACAUCCAUGUCAUUAAGCAAGUCAUAGAAAAAUGUAAUGAAUAUGGAAAAAUAUAUUAUCUGGCAUUUAUAGAUUACAACAAAGCAUUUGACUCUCUUAGACACACACAUAUCUGGGACGCUCUGCGAUCACAAGGAGUACUUCCGAAAUAUAUCAGAAUAAUUAAGAACAUAUAUAAGGACGCAACAGCAAAAAUACAAACAGAAAGAAUAGGAGUACCAUUCAAAAUAAAGAAAGGAGUACGUCAAGGAGACCCCUUAUCGCCAAAGCUGUUCUCAGCGGUGCUGGAACAUAUUUUCAGGAAAAUGGACUGGGAUGCUUUUGGAAUAAACAUAAACGGUGAAAAGUUGAAUCACUUAAGGUUUGCUGAUGACCUGAUUGUCCUGAGUGACAAUCAGAGGGACCUGGAGAAAAUGUUGGUACAACUAGAAAAAGAAAGUAAUAUUGUAGGUCUGACUUUGAACACUGAUAAAACCAAAUUAAUGACAAAUCAUGAAAAAGCACCUAUCUCACUGAACAACAGCUGUAUAGAAUAUGUCAACCAGUAUACGUAUUUAGGACAAAUUAUCUCACCCGAAGACCAAAUGACAAAAGAAAUAAACACUAGAAUAUGCAACGCGUGGAAAAGCUACUGGUCGCUUAAAGAGGUCAUGAAGAACCCACAGAUACCAAUCAAAGACAAAACAAAAGUAUUCAACUCUUGUAUAUUGCCAUGUCUGACAUACGGAUCCCAAACAUGGGCUCUCACCGAAAAGCAUAAAAAAGCACUGCAAGUAUGUCAAAAUAACAUGGAGAGAAGCAUUUUAAAUAUAAAGUUAAGGGACCGAGUCAGACUAACCAAUAUAAGAAGUAAAACUAAAGUUGCAGAUGUAACAUAUACGGUGAUGAAACUCAAAUGGAACUGGACUGGACACACUAUAAGAAACCAGAAGAACAAAUGGUCCAAGGAUAUCAUAAUGUGGUACCCAAGAGAUGGGAAAAGAAGGAGAGGACGGCAGAGGAAGAGAUGGGAAGAUGAGAUUAUGGAAACAGCCGGCAAAACAUGGAGGAGAAAAGCCGCAAACAGAAAGCUAUGGCAAGCACUAGGGGAGGCCUAUGCCAAAGGGGCAAGCUGA